AUGCACCGUGGCAAGGUGAUCAUGCUGAUAGUCGUCCCAGCGCUGGCCCUCUUGCUAGCCGUGAUGGCGGUUGUCAUCUAUGUGAUCACCAUGGAAAGGCCACGAAAGCGUGUGGACACGUGUAGGAGCGACGACUGCGCUGCCUUUGGCCGAGAGCUGCACGAUGCCGUCAAUAUGUCGGUUGACCCGUGCCAAGACUUCCACGCGUUCGUGUGCGGCGGCUGGAGCGACCCCAAGCGACGAGAGACGACCGAGUCAAGAAUGGUGGCCGCCGCAUUGGAUCUGGCGAUCGACGAAGCCAAAGCCGACCGGAUGCGUCGCAGCAAGGCCACGCAGUUCUUCGAGAGCUGCACCACGGCCGGCAAUUCGAAGGAGAAGAACCUGAGAGAAUUUGCGAAUCUCCGGCGCUCCUUGGGUCUACCCUGGCCCGAGCAGAAGCCCAGCGGCACAACGCACCCGCUCGACAUCAUGGUGAACCUGGCGCUUAAUUGGGAAAUGAACUUCCUCUUUGACCUCGGCACUGUUGCCGAUUACGUGAACGAUUACUACCGAGUCCUCAACGCCAACAGUUCCCAAGCUGGCGUGGGAGCAGCCGACCUCCUCCGCAUCGAGACGGCCUUUGUCAACACGAAGCUCGAGUUCCUAUACGACACUCCUCGACAAGACUGGUUCGAAGUGAGCGCCCUCGACGGCAAGACGCCGUCCGUUCCGGCGGGCUUGUGGCUCAAUCUUCUGAGGAAGCACGACACGCAGUUCGACUGGAACGGCGAAGACACCGUGAUCAUUGAGGACGGUAGAAUACUGCAGAGCGUCGACAAUCUUCUGAAGGGCCUGGACCACCACAAGUUGAUCAUCGGGCUCUCGUGGAUGUUCAUUCAGACGCACCUCUGGGCUGUCUAUGAGCCGCCUUCGCUCAGAUUCGGCGGCGCUGAGGAGGACCUAAUAAAGAUGAGAGAGCGCGGCUGCAUGGAAUACGUCGAAUCCCGUCUGGGGCUGCUCGGCUGGGCGACGACGCUAACCGAGCGCUUCGGAACGAAGGAGAGCCGACUGCACGUCUCCAGUUUCCUGCAUCGAAUCAACCGGCAGACGAAGCGCCUCGUAAACAAGCUAAGUUGGAUGGACUACGAUAGCAAGCAGAUGACCUUCUCGAAGCUGGACAAGAUGGCCCGCACCAUACUGCCAGGGGACAGCUUCUUCGACCCGAAGAAACGCGAUCAGCUGUACGACGUCUUUCCCGAAAUGCGUGGCAAGACCUUCAUGGCGAAUCUGGUGAAGGCGUCCGAGGUGUACCGUGGGCUGCGCAACCACGAACACUUCGCGGACGUGUACAGCGUUCGCAUGUUUCCCCGGUUUGGUCGCGAGCUUUACCUGUACCUGCCGGACUCGAUGAUGCUCGCGUUAGUGAACCUGAGCCCGCCGAUGUACUACAAGGACGCGACGCUGGCGAUUAAAUACGGUGGUCUAGGCUCCUUUGUGGCGCGACAGAUGGCCAGGGCGUUUGACGAUAUCGGCGUGAGGGUUGACGACUCGGGCAAGCGCAGACUGUGGCUCGGAGCCCAGGCGCAGGCAGCGCAUAAGAUCAAGGUUAAUUGCAACGUCCACGCAGGCUCGAACAGCACGGUGUGGCGUCCGAUGCGCGCGUUGCCCACCAUGCCCGGGCUGGAGAUUGCUUACGAGGGCUUCUUGGCCGCCGUGAAGGUUGACUUCCGAGCUCUGGACGACUUCAAGGUCCUUCACCUGGAAGCGUUCACAGACUUCCAGAUAUUCUUCCUGGCGUACUGUUACGCAGUGUGUGCAAAGCGGCCACAGACCAUGCGCGAUGAGUGCAAUGUUCCGGCUAAGAACUCCCCUGCUUUUGCCGAAGUGUUCCAAUGUUCCGCGAAUGCCCCCAUGAAUCCACCAGAAAAAUGCUCGUUUUUUUACUAG